AUGGGGGAGAAAAGAAUUGACAAAUAUCUGUUCAAUCCUAAAGAUCUUAUUGGGGAAGGUUCGUAUGCUUAAGUGUAUAGGGGGAGAGAUGAAAAGACAGGAGUGAAGGUAGCGAUAAAAGUGUUGAACAAAUCUGUCAUAAAUGCAGACGAUUAUUUAAGGGAAGGAUUGAUCUCAGAGAUAAAAGUAAUGUAGAAAUUGAAGAGUCCAAACAUAGUAUAAUUAAUGGAUGUAAUGGAAACCAAUAAUAAUUAUUAUAUAAUUCAAGAAUAUUGCGAUAGUGGAGAUUUGGACAAAUUGAUUGAGAAUUAUGCGGCUUAAAAGAAAACUAUGCCUGAGAAAGAUGCAGUCAAAUUUAUGAUUGACAUUUUGAAUGGAUUCAUUUAACUAAUUAAAAAUGGUAUUAUUCAUCGAGAUUUGAAACCAGCCAACAUAUUAAUCGACAAAGGAACCUUCAAAUUAGCAGAUUUUGGAUUUGCAAAAUGUGUAGACAAUUUUAAAAAGGAUAUGUUAGCAUCAUUGGUAGGAACACCAUUAUAUAUGUCACCACAAAUCUUGGAUAAUAAAAAAUACACAUCCAAGACUGACAUUUGGAGUAUUGCCUUUAUCUUUUAUGAAGCACUGUUCGGUAAAACACCUUGGACUGCUAGAUCACCUCAAGAACUCUUGAAAAAUAUUAGAAAUUAACCUUUGCAGUUCAAAGGACCUCAGAUUUCCAAAGAAGCCUAAGAAUUUUUAAUAGGGUGUUUGCAAGCUGAGGAAAAGGAUAGAUUAUCUUGGGAUGAGAUCUAUCGUCAUCCUUUAUUUAAAGGACAUUUUACUGAUUUUAUCAAAAAUGUAAGUAUCUUGGAGGACAAAGCCACUUAUUUGAUUAAUGACAUAAGAUAGAUGAUUAUCAAAGAUUAGAUUGAUAUUGGAGAAUUGUUCGCUGAACUUGACAUGACUAAGGACAAAGCUUUAAAUGUUAAUGAGUUGGGGAAAUUCUUGCAAAGAGUAGAUAAAGAUCUUACUCGAGAGGAGAUAGAGUAUAUCUUCAAUAAAUUUGAUGACGAUGGAAAUAAUCUAAUAGAGUUCAAUGAGUUCAAAAAGUGGCUGGAAGAAAAUGAUUGUAGAAUGACAGCUUCUGAAGUAAGCAGAACUAAAAAGAAGGUUAGCAUUCUUAUGAAACCGCAACAAGAUAUUUAAGCAGGAUCACUAGACGAUAGAGCAAGGUCAGUCAUUGAAAAAUUGAAGGUGUCUAUUGUCAAAUUCAAUAUCAAUCUCUUGGAUUUGUUUAAUAAGUAUGAUAAAUCAGCCAAUCAUGAAUUAGAUGCUUAGGAGUUAGGCAAACUAUUAAAGAGAAUUGAUCAAACUGUCACAGAUGAAGAAGCCAAGGCCAUCUUUACCUUCUUUGAUCACAAUAAAGAUGGAUCUGUUUCAUUUAAUGAGUUCGAGUUUGUCUUGAAAGAAUGCUUAGUUAAAUAAAAAAUCAAAUAGUGA